AUGGCAGAAAGGAAACUUCUUACUGAAAGAGCGCUAUUUUCCAAACUGGGCACAUAUAGUUCAAAGCCUAGAGUUAAACUGGGAGGAAUGUUCUGCAAAGUGGAAGACGCAUUUGAAAACAAAACUUUAAAUUUUGAGUCAUCUAGUCCCAGAUGUGAAAGAAAAUGCACCAAACAGGGUUCAGAAGAGACACACAUGUCUUCGGCGGAUCCGGACGUUCAGAAUCGGAGCGCAGGCAGCUACUCGCCUGGGAGAGAGCCCAACAGCCGAACCGAACCCGUUUCCAUUACCGGGGGACCGACCAUAAUCUUUUCCUCAUAUGAGGAUCAGGUACACAGGGCACACAGCAGGGAACACGCCAGCGAUCGUCUCGUCAUCAAAGGCGGGAAGAUUGUCAACGAUGACCAGUCUUUUUACGCCGACAUCUAUGUGGAGGACGGAGUCAUCAAGCAGAUCGGGGAGAACCUGAUCGUCCCCGGUGGAGUGAAGACGAUCGAUGCCUAUGGCCACAUCAUCAUCCCAGGUGGAAUAGACGUGAACACCAGCCUCCAUGCUCCACAGCUGGGCAUGAACCCAGCCGAUGACUUCUACCAGGGAACCCAGGCCGCAAUUAUGGGCGGCACCACCAUGAUCAUCGACCACGUGGUCCCCGAGCCGGGUUCGAGCCUGCUGGCGGCGUACGAGCAGUGGCGCGACAUUGCUGACAGGCGAUCCUGCUGCGAUUACUCUCUGCACAUAGACAUCACGCGCUGGCAUGAGGGGCUGGUCGAGGAGCUGGAGACCUUGGUCAAGGACAAGGGUAUCAAUUCCUUUUUGGUUUUUAUGUCCUAUAAAGACAAAUUCCAGAGCUCUGAUACACAGAUGUAUGAAAUCUUCAGUAUCCUCAGAGACCUGGGAGCCAUCGCUCAGGUGCACGCUGAAAACGGGGACAUCGUGGACGAGGAGCAGAGGAGGCUGCUGGGCCUUGGGAUCACAGGCCCUGAGGGACACUUGCUGAGCCACCCUGAGGAGGUGGCGACGGAGGCCGUGUACCGCGCCAUCACCAUCAGCAAGCAGGCAAACUGCCCCCUCUACGUCACCAAGGUGAUGAGCAAGUCAGCCGCCGAUGUCAUCGCGCAGGCCAGGAGGAAGGGCAUGGUGGUGUACGGCGAGCCAAUCGCAGCCAGUCUGGGCGCCGACGGCUCACACUAUUGGAGCAAGAACUGGGCCAAGGCCGCCGCCUUUGUGAUGUCACCACCAAUCAGCUCUGACCCCAGCACAGCAGACUACCUCAACUCUCUGCUUUCCUGCGGUGACCUGCAAGUUACCGGCAGUGCCCACAGCACGUUCACGACGGCCCAGAAGGCCGUCGGGAAGGACGACUUCACCUUGAUUCCGGAAGGUACAAACGGGAUUGAGGAGCGGAUGUCGGUCGUCUGGGAGAAGGCCGUGGUAGCGGGAAAGAUGGAUGAGAAUGAGUUUGUGGCGGUGACCAGCACCACCGCCGCCAAGAUCUUCAACCUGUACCCCCGUAAAGGUCGGAUCGCCGUGGGUUCCGAUGCCGACAUCGUCAUCUGGAACCCAAAGGAGACCAGGAUAUUUUCUGCAAAAUCGCACAAGCUGGUGGUCGAGUGUAACAUCUUUGAGGGCAUGGAGUGCCAGGGGGCCCCGGCCGUGGUGAUCAGUCAGGGGAAGGUGGUGCUGGAAGGAGGAAACCUCAACGUCACCGAGGGAUCCGGUCGCUUCAUUCCCAGGAAGUCGUUCCCAGACUUUGUCUACAAGCGGAUCAAGGCCAGGAAUCGGAUGUCCGAUGCCCGUGGCGUCCCGAGGGGUCUUUACGAUGGACCCGUGCACGACGUCAUCGGAGCGACGAUGUCCGUGCCGGCCACACCGACCCCUCGGGGGUCCACAUGUCCCGGGAAGGCCCAGAUCGUACCUGCCCGGAACCUGCACCAGUCUGGCUUCACGCUCUCCGGAACUCAGAUGGACGACCACAUUCCAAGGCGCACGGCCCAAAGGAUUGUGGCUCCCCCUGGUGGCAGAUCAAAUAUUACAUCGCUAUCUUGAUCUUCACUCCCUCCCUCCAUAGCACCUAUAAGAAAACUGCUCUUGCUUCCUCUAACACCUAGUGGUACCAUCCUGUACUGUAUCAGCAUUAAAUAGGAAUAACUCACUGACAUUCAUUUUGUGUCAGACGUCCCAGUAGCAAAAAAAACAGCCAGUGCAUAUAUUUCAUCUCAUUCAUAAUAUCUAUACUCAACUGUGCGUAACUAGCCAACAAUGUAGCAACAGGCAUUUGUCACCCCCCCCAAUAUCCAAAGCAUGUAUCUAGGACAGGGUCCCCAUAAGUUAAAAAAAAAAAGAAAGGUUUUACUCAGCUCCAAUGUAGCAUUUAAGCGGUGUAGCUAUUAUUUAGUUAUACAUGUGAUUAGCGUCUGUAAACCAUGGACAGGUCUGUGUUUUCUGGUUGUAGGUUUGCCUGCUGUUCUCACAUACAGAUCAGAGAUCAACAGACUCUCAUCCGAGAGCCUCCCGUGCUGAAGUAGAUAUAGAGUCGAAGUCUGUAUAGAUUGAUUCAGAAAGACAGUAUCAUUGCAUAUGCUGGUGAAGGUCUCACUGUUGCAGCAGGAUGACGGAGAUGCGUAAUGGUUUAGGGCACAGUUUUGGAGUCACCGUUUUCUGCCAGAGUUUCAUGAAAUCCUGACAAGAUGAGAAGAAGAGAUGCUGAUUAUCGGCCAUUUGCAAAGACACUCACAUCUUUAUUUGAUUUAAUACAUUUCUCAUAAAAAAUAAUAAUAAUAAUAUAAAUUCUGGUGCUCUUAAACCUUACACUAUACGCGGGCAAUGUGAGACUGGAAUGUCAUUUAUGGCAGUUUUAAGCUCCCGUUUUAAACUUGUUUUUAAUUUUUAAUGUUCGACGGUUGUAAUAUCGUACUUAUGUCCUUGUAAAUUUUUCUCUUUGUACUUUUACACGAUCUAACACUUUUUAAAACCAAAAUAUUUGAACGAUGCAUUGUGUUGUCGUUGGUUUCUAAAUUAUUGUCUGUAUUCGUUAGUAGAUGGAAAGAUGUUGGUUUUCUACCUUGUUGGUGUCCUGUCUGUCAGAAAAUGUCAUGAAUAUGCAUGAUUACAAGUUUGGGCAUGAAUAAAGAUUGUGAGAAAAAA